CUUCGUGGGAUACUGCAUUGCUACAACACUCAAUGCCAAGAACCUCAGCUGCCGAUCUGCGGAUGAUAGAUCAACUCCCGUCAACAUGUCGCGUAGCACAAACACACAUUCUCUUCCCAUCUUCCCUGCUUGACAAGGCACGAUAAACAGACAAAAUGCCCGGUGCUCGCUUAACAGAAGACUAAAGACGACAGAUAACAGCGGCUCUCUUCCGCCGCGAACCAUACCCCCAGAUAUGUCAGGUCCACGGAGUCUCACAUGGAACUCUGCGACGCAUGGCGCAUAGCCUGAGUACAUACGGGACUUCAACGCCGCCUCGAACAGAACCGCCCAGACCAAUGGGGCGACCGCGCUCAUUUAAUGAUCAAUUUCUGGAACAAAUCGAACUUCUCCCGUCUCCACGAAAUGGGCUACCAGCGCAGCAUCAUCGGCCGCGGCCACACAUCUACGGAAAAAGGAAUCUACCUGAUAUAUCGCCUGGGGACUGGGAACGGUUGUUGCGGGAUCCGGUUACGAAGGAGGCGAUGACGGCGGGGUGGGGGACGGUGUAUGCUUGGUUAAAGAGUUCUACGCCGGUGAGGAGGAGGGUUACGGAAGGGCAGAGGAUGAAGCGGAAGCCGAGGAGUCAGGUGGGUGGUGCUGAGGGGGUCGUGGUCGAGGUGGAACAAGAGGUAGUGGUUGGGGAUGAGUCGUCAGAUGAGAGUGAUGUUGAAGGAGACGCUUCUCCUAAUAAUGGUGUUGAGAACGGGAAUGCGCCAGCUGCACAACCUCCGUCUUGGGGGAAUAUAGUUCACACCCGGUUACCCGGUUUCCAAUCGUUACUUGCACCCCCGUUAGGCCCUGUCGGUCAACAAGCAGCGAGGGCAUGA